UCUUGCCAAAAAAAUUACGGUUAGUGAGUCCGAUUCGACUUAUCGAAAUUUGUAUGUAUCGCUUAAACAUUCGUCACUAAGCAGGGUUCUUAUUUCCGCUUCUAUAUCUUUCUUUCCUUUACGAAAUUCGUCGAGAGUAAGUCGACAUGAGUUCCCUUAAGUUGCAGAAAAGGCUAGCAGCCUCUGUUAUGCGAUGUGGCAAAAAGAAGGUUUGGUUGGAUCCUAAUGAAAUUAACGAAAUUGCCAAUACCAAUUCCCGUCAAAAUAUCCGUAAAUUGAUUAAGGAUGGUUUGAUCAUCAAAAAGCCUGUCGUCGUACAUUCACGUUAUCGCGUACGUAAGAACACAGAAGCUCGUCGUAAAGGCAGACACUGCGGGUUCGGUAAACGUAAGGGUACCGCAAAUGCUCGUAUGCCAACAAAGUUUUUGUGGAUGCAGCGUCAACGUGUAUUAAGACGUUUAUUAAAAAAAUAUAGAGACAACAAGAAAAUAGAUCGUCACCUGUAUCAUGACUUGUACAUGAAGUGCAAGGGUAAUGUUUUCAAAAACAAACGUGUUUUGAUGGAAUACAUUCACAAAAAGAAGGCUGAGAAGCAACGUAGUAAAAUGCUUGCUGAUCAAGCUGAGGCCAGAAGACAUAAAGUACGUGAAGCAAGAAAACGACGUGAAGAAAGAAUUGCAGCGAAAAAGCAGGAACUCUCCAAAUUGCAUGCUAAAGAAGACGAAGUUGCUGCGCAAACUGCAAGCACUGGCCCAAAAAAAUAAAAUAUUUAUAUUGAAACAGUGUAUCAUUAAAUAUUUGAAUUAAAUAAUUUCGCCUUUUUGUCAUUUAUAAUUGAAACAAA